ACUCCCACAAUCCCAAUCGAGAGGCCCCCCGGACGCCCAAGGGAGCCGGUGGCCCCUGGCUGGGGCCCCACUUCCCAAAAUGUCUUGCCUGAGUCCUCUUGGGUACAGUUCCUUCUGAGAUUCUUGGGCUCCCCGGUGAGCUACAACACCUGUCCCGAUUAAGUACGGUUCUGCCAUCCGUGACCUCUCCAGUCCCCUCUGGGAAGGGCACACAGUCUAGUACGACGGGGACCGGCCACUGUGGAGACCCCGGGAGUGAAGGGCGAAUCCCGAACGCAUGCGCAGAGGCUCGUCGUGGGGGCGGCCUCAGCGGAGCCCCUUUCGGGAGUCUAUGAAGAUCACUGGUAGGAAGAACUCUGGGUACCACAAGGCCCCCUUUGCACGCGAUGAUGGCUCAGAUCUUAAGGUCUCGUCUGGCCAAUGCUGCAGUGGUUCCGAAUCGAAUGAAAAUGCUUCCAUAUCUUGGAGUCCUGAGACAUAGGAUGAUGUCAACUCAUAAAUUAAAGAAGAAGAUGAUAGAAUACUAUAGGCUGCUGAAUCUGGAUGAGGGAUGCUCUGCAGACGAUGUCAGGAGGUCUUUUCGCAAGCUUGCCAAGCAGUACCAUCCAGACGGUGGCUCCUCUACUGCGGACUCUGCAACGUUUAUAAAGAUUGAAGAAGCUUAUAGAAAGGUGCUUUCCCAUGUGACAGAACAAACAAAUGCCAGACAAAAUAAAGCUCAAGAAGCGGACGAAGAAGAAGGGAAAUUCGAAUAUAAAACACCCCAACACCGGCAUUACUUAAGUUUCGAAGGUGUUGGUUUUGGACCUCCAAGUCAACGGGAGAAGCAAUACAGGCAAUUUAGAGCAGAUCGUGCAACUGAGCAAGUGAUGGAAUAUCAGAAGCAGAAACUAUUCAGCCAGCAUUUCGCCGAUAGUUUAACUGUUAAAGAUAUAAGGCAAAGUAAAGAACAAAAGAUAACUCAGGCAAUAGAGCGUUUGGUGGAGGAUCUCAUUCAGGAAUCAAUGGCAAAAGGAGACUUUGAUAAUCUCAGUGGGAAAGGAAAGCCUCUGAAAAAGUUUUCUGGCUGUUCAUACAUCGAUCCCAUGACUCACAACCUGAACAGAAUAUUGAUCGAUAAUGGAUACCAGCCAGAAUGGAUCCUAAUGCAAAAGGAAAUAAAGGAUACUAUUGAUCAGCUCAGAGAGGCGAUUUUAGCAUCCAGGAAAAAACUUGGCAACCUCAUGACAGCAACUGAACAGAAACAGUGGAACCAAGUUUGUGAGCAGUUUGAAGAAAACAUCAGAAAACUAAACAAGCGGAUUAAUGAUUUUAACUUAAUUGUUCCCCUGCUAACCAGGCAAAAAGUCCAUUUUGAUGCACAGAAAGAAAUAUCCAGAGCCCAGGACAUAUAUGAGACCCUUAUAAAAACAGAAGAAGUCACAGAUAAAAACCCAAAUAGCAAUGAUCAGGGAGAAGGGGAGAAAACAUCUGGAGUCAAGGCAGGUUUUUUCAACUGGGCGAAUAUGUGGAAAUUUAUUAAACUCUGACCAUUUCAACAGUACUGCCCCGAGUCAUUUUCAGUUGUACUGACAUCACACAUAGAGGCUGCGGUGUACACUGCUACCCAGGAGAACUGUGCGUCUCAGUCCUUUGCACAAACUGAUCUCACCUGGAGGAUGGAGGUGUGAGGGAGAAGGCCGUCAGAAACUGCAUCACAGAGGUGCUCAAUCAGCUUCGCUCUGGGCAUAGAGCAAGAGGAGAACUGAGAAAGCUCUUUAACCUGUUUCAGAGUUUCAUUGUCAGUCAUCAGGCGAAUUUGGACAGGCACUCAGACGGGAAAUCCUGAAGGGUAUUCCGGAUGUCUCGGUGCCAUUUCAAACUCUAAAAAGUUGUCAUUUGCCAUCUUCAAACACAGGCACUUCAACAACAACAACACGCUGAAUAAAUAGUAUCCAAAGUCAUAAAACUAAACAAGGGCGGGGAAUGUAGGAGGGAAACCUGCAAAUGAUGUGUGUUCUUUGCCAGUUGCUGCACUCACACCCCCGAGGCUAUUAAUGCUCAGUGGUUCCUCUGGUUGGGGCACCACAUGGGUGGAAAUCCCGUGAUAGGAAGUUAGCCGUGGAGCUACUGCAGUGUUGUUUUUUUAAAAAAAUAAAGGUCCUCUCGGUGGAUACUGAAUUUAAAAAAACAAAAAACAAGUACCCGGGUUGUACUUUGUACUUUUCCCUACCUAACUUCAUGAUCCAUUGGCUGCAGAAAUUGAUCAGGUUGGUUGAUUUAAAGUCAGUCAAGCUGGUUGAUUUAGAUUUAGCUAUUCUAGAAAUAGACUCCCGUGUCCACUUUUUUUAAAGGAGUUCUGAGUGCAUUUUGAGACUUUUCAGGAGUGGGGCUUGCGGGGAGUAACACUAUGGUUCAAGGGAAACAGGAUUUCACCUUUGGCCUCACCUGCACUCACUGAAACGUUAGGUUCUCGUAAACCCAUCCGCGGCCUCUGUGCUGUGUGUGUGACUCCCCAGUCACACGAAGAAUCUCAGUUUGCUGUCUUAGGGAGCUAAUUUCCUUAGGAAUUCUUUAAUAAGCAAAGAUAAGAUGUCUGAAUUUUUUAACCAGUUUACACCUUUGGCAAGUAAGAAUUUGGCCUUCAUGAGACAGUUGCGUCCAUCCACUUUUCAGCAGAUCCGACUUCUGUUUACAUUUAUUGGGGACAUGGUUAAUAGGACGACAGGUUUCACGUGUACAUUUCUAUGGUACGUGAUCUGUAUAUUGCAUUGCAUGCCCACCGCCUGAGCUGACAUAGUUGGGUCUGUGGAACUGCUCUGGCCACAGAAUUGGGCAACAGGGACGGAAUGGGAUCGGGCCGGAAGGAGCAGGUCUGUCUCCUCGUGGAAUCCAGAGGGUGGCGGUGUGGAUGCUGCAGAAGCAUGGCUCUCACCACUCAUUUCGGAAGCUAUUAGUAGCUUCUUAGUAAAGUAUGUGAUAGUCAGCUAUUAGUAAAGUAUGUGAUAGUCAAAGCAAAACUACAUCUUCGAAAGGAAAUUUCAGGCCUUUUUGCUUAAAUGAUGGGACAUCGAUUGCUAUAAUAUGUGAUUAUUUUGUUGAAUGAGUUAUCUGGCUUCUAGAAUGACAGCAUUACCCUGAACUAAGUUCCAAAACACCUUAGAAGCCUACAGUUUGUGACUCUGGCUAAAAAGGGACUUCGAUGUAUCACACCCAGCUGCAUUGCAGGAACAUAUAUCAGGGAAGCCAUCUUCAAUACUGGCUAAAGGGAAAGUAAAAUUAUCAGAAAACUCUAGCAAAUCCUUAAUUUCAGCAUAGCGUACUUUAUGCUUGUAAAUGUUGUCUACAUUAAAGUGAAUUUUAAUGAUUA